AUGGCUUCAUCUUCUUCACUUUUUUCACCUUUCGUUUUGGCACUCACAGUUUCCAUUUUCGUUUCCCUCGUCUUUCCCACUUCAGCUCUCACCUGCGCUACUCAGAAGCUCUCACCGAACCACACCUUCGCAAACUGCACAGAUCUCGCAGCUCUAGGCGCCACUCUUCAUCACACCUACAACGAAACCACCCGCGCCUUCUCCGUCGCUUACUCCGCCACACCGCCUGCAAACGGUUGGGUUUCAUGGGGAAUUAACCCCACCGGCGGCCGUAUGGUGGGAACUCAAGCACUCAUCGCUUACACAAAUCAAGGUAAAGUCGAAGUCCAGCUUUUCAAUCUCACUUCCUACGGAUCUAUUACCCCCGUCAAGAAUCUCUCCGUUGAAACAUCAGCGAUUUCCGGUGAAGAAGCUAACGGCGUUAUAACGAUAUUCGCAACGGUCAUUUUACCGGAAAAGACGGAUAGUAAUAUUACUCAGGUUUGGCAAGUGGGACCCGUUGUCAAUGGGAGGCCAAUGAAGCAUGGUUCAUCGCCGGAUAAUUUGAAUGCUUUUGCGAGUUUGUCUGUGGGGACCACAGCAAUUGGAGGUGCGAAUAGCACUACUGGAGGUGGGAAUAGCACCGCACCUGCUCCUUCUGCUGCAGGUGGUGCAACGAGUUUAGCAGUACCUGGGUUGGGAUAUUGCUUUGGAUUUGUUAUGAUAUUAUUGAGUUUAAUUACUAUGUGA